CAUCCCACAAAUCGAAGUGUUUACCAAAAUUUUGUUGUUAAUAAAAGUUUUCCAUGGCAAGGUGUUAUAGAAAAAGAAAAACCAGUUAUUAUGCUACACGAUCCAGUUCACUUGUUUAAAAGUAUAAGAAAUAAUUGGUUUACGGAAAAAACACAAACAAUUAGUUUAAAAAUUAAUAAUCAACCUUUCUCUGGUGAUUGGUCUCACAUUGUUCAAUUAUAUAACAGACAGAAAACUUGUGUUGCCAAAACUACAAAGCUUUCACGCAAGUCAGUGUACCCUAGUUUGAUUGAUAGACAAAAUGUUGCAAACAUGGUUGCUGUAUUUAAUAAAAAAACUGUUGCAGCAUUGAGAUUAGCUAAUUUUGAGAACACUGCCUGUUUUUUAGCACCAAUUGUUUUAUUAUGGAACAUGCUAAAUGUAAAGAGGAAAGGUUGUGAUGUUUUACUUAAUGAUAUCAAUAGGUCUCCUUUCCAGACACUCGAUGACCUUAGGUUUAAAGAAAUUUUAGCAUUUGCUGAUGCAACUUCUAAGAUGUCAGAGGGAAAGGGAUUAAAGCGUCAUAAUACUUUUACACCAGAAACAAGACAUGCUUUAGUUAACACCCUACAAGGAUUGGUAGAAUUAAUAAAAAACUGCUUUCAGAAGAUCACCAAUAUGUUCUUCCCGGUAUUUUUCAAACAGAUCGUCUUGAAGGUGAAUUUGGCAUCUACAGACAACUAAGUGGCGGAAAUUGUUUUAUCUCAGCAGAACAAGUAUUAAACAGUUUGCACCUUCAGCGGUUAAAAUUAUUCAGCAAAAUAGUUUCUUUGGAUGAAACUGACAUUCAUUGCUCACGCAUACAUUCAGACUGUUGC